AUGUGGCUGGGGGUGGCUGGCCAGAUCGCUGCGCAGGAGGGGAGCGUCCCGACGCCCCCCGCCGGCCCGGGCGCAGCGACCGCGCCGGCCACGCCCGCGCCCACGCCGCCCUCCGCGCUGCCCGCGGCGCAGGACAGCAAGGGCAGCAGCGGCAGCGGCAGCGGCGCGGCGCCGACGGUGGUUGCUGACGUGGCGAUGCGCAGCAUGGGCAGCGGCGGCUCGGGCAAGAUGCCGUGGGCCCCGGGGCGGAAGCGGCCCGUGCUGCGUGCGAAGCGAAGCUAUGAGUCCUAG